AUGUUCGUUCCAGAUUUGAUGCAUGAGUUUGAGCUAGGAGUAUGGAAGGCCAUCUUCACUCACCUCCUUCGCAUCCUCUACGCCGUUGGUGAGGAUGCGAUUCAGAAAUUUGAUGAGCGGUUUCGCAAAGUACCCACCUUUGGGCGCGACACGAUUCAGCGAUCCAGCACCAAUGUAUCCGCCAUGAAGAAAUUAGCUGCGCGUGACUUCGAGGACAUCCUCCAGUGCUGUAUCCCGGUGUUCGAAGGUCUAAUCCCCUCUAAGAAAUACAACAACAUUGUCCUAGAUCUGCUCUUCGAACUCGCAAAUUGGCAUGCCCACACAAAGCUCUGUCUGCACACGGAACACACUCUUCAGGUAUUUGAACGUGCGAUGACUACACUUGGCGCAGCCGUUCAUCACUUCAGGAAAACUGUGUGUUCAGCGUUUGCGACGAGGGAGCUUCCGAAGGAGACUGCAGCAAGGGGCCGUCGCAAGGCGACAUUGGUGACACGCACUGGUGGUCAUGGCCGACCAUCUUUGAAUGCAGUCGAUCCGAAAUGA